AUGAGUAGCAAUAAUGGCAAUGACCAGCAGCCAAGAGCAACUCCAGCUGCAGCUACAUCUGCAACAGCAACUGCAACAACAACUGCCGGAACGGAAACGCAAACCGUUCCAACCGGAAACGGAUCUCAAACAUCUCGACCUGCAACGGCACCGGCUCGCAGCAGCUGCAACAACAAUAAUAACAAUAAUAACAAUGCAACUAGCGGUAGCACCAGCUUGUACAGGGUUAACCUAAGCAACAUCAACAAUAAUGGCCACCAGCAUCUGCCACAGGCCAGCAACAAUAAUCAUCAUGAGGGCAACACCAACAACACCACCACCACCUUGGUGGUUAACACAGGCACAACUCAUGCAACUCCAGCAACUGCUGCAACUUCUGCUGCAUCUGGCAGCAGCAGCAGCAACAACAAUCACAUCUAUGUGAAUCCACACAGCUAUGAUAGCAGCACCACCGGCAGUGCCAGUGGCUCCACAGCAGUUAUGUUGCCACUGCAACAUACAGCAGCAACAUCAGCAGCAGCAACAUCAGCAGCAGCAACAUCAGCAGCAGCAGCAGGAGCAGCAGCAGCAACAGCAGCUGCAACAGCAACAGCAGCAGGAGGAGCAACAUUAGAGACACUGCCUCAUGCUUUGAGCAACACAGGUGCCAUUAGUCGAAUGACCGGAACAGGAACCAUGAAUGGUACCUUGACGGGAACGGGUACAUCCACCUCCACCACUUUGAGCACCUUGAAUACAUAUCUGUUUCCCUGUGGCGCCGAUUCUGCCAGCAGUUGUGAUCUGGACAGUAACUUUAGCCAGAUGCUGGGAGGUGGAAGUGAAGGCACAGGCACGGGCACUGGUACUGGAACCCAUACGCACAGUAGUUCCCUCAGUCAGACGACAUCGACAGCUCCGGCGGGACUGGGUCUGGGCGUUCAACUGGGAUUGGGUUUCAUCAAUAGCCGGCGACGCAUUCGCCGAUUGUUUGGUGUAAGCGAGAUGUCGCCAAAUGUGGCAACCACACCCACUCCAUACGCGGCAGCCUUAAGACGACGCAGUUCCCAGUUAAUGCAACUGACCAAGAAGCGUGAGAAGGAGUUGGAGGAUCUGGAGCAACAGCAAAGGAUAGCCACAGUGGCCUCGGCAAAUGCUGCAUUCCUCGAGCGCAGAGAGCAGCAACAGCAACAGCAGUUGCAACAGCAGCAGCAGCAGCAACAUUUGCUGCCAACCCAACAGCAGCAGCAACACCUGCAAUUUAGCAACUUUAAUCCAUUGCAACCGGAAAUGCAAAAGAAGAAAAAGAAGCCACCAGGACCACCGGCACAGGCACGUCAGCAAUCAUCCCGCACCAUGGAUGAUCCCCUAAUGAACCGCCCCAGGAAGAGCACACCUGCCCAGCAGAAGAAAAAGGAUAAGCAGCAGUUCGAGAAUCCCUAUGAGAAGUACCCAACCAUCACAAAUCCAAAUCCAGCACCCACAGCUCUCAAG